CUCCCGGACCCGUUACAGGUACCACAAACUUGGUACCUGUAAUCACUUGCCACUUAGAUCAUCGUCCCCGUGGUCAGCAGGAACAUGCCAUAUAUUAAUAUGUCUCCAUCAUUGUUUCGCGCAACUCUCAUACUCAGGCUGGCCUCCUCCUCUUUCCACUUAUUCUCCCUUGCUCGCCUUUGAAUCAUGGCCCACUUGAGUCCAGCCGUCAAUCUUAUAUGGGCAGCGCUUACAAUUAUGUUCGAAUCCUUUUUAGUUUAUCAUCUCUGGUGCUUUGAUUGUUUCAAAUGUCUGAAGUGGAAUCAUGGACCGCGUUCUGGUACAUUCAAGCGGGUCAUGACGUAUUCUUAUUUAACCAGUCUUCCGUUGAUCGCAAUCUACGCUAUGGGUUUCUCCAUUAUCAAAUACAGUUAUGGUUUCACUGUUAUUCCCGGGAUGGGUAUCAUGCCCACUCCGUAUGAGCUUUGGCGCGACAGUGCACAAAUCGCAAUCCUCCCCCUGUACCUGUGUUUUUCAGUUGGUUGGGCAUUAGAGAUGGUAACACACCUAGAAGAGCUGUGCUUUUGGCUUUUCCUGAUUCGCUCUAGCUCUGCGAAACAAGAUUGGUUCCGCAGCCUAUAUUUCAAAAUAUGGGCGACAGGAUCUAUAGUCGCAGUCAUUUAUAUGCCCCUUGUAACGGUUUUCACGCGGCAGGACCCCUACAAGUGCGAGGCUUACACAUUCUUGGCUGGGAGUCUCGGAAGCUUUUCUUUGACAAUAUGGUUUCUUCCGAUUUUGUGGACAUUCCCCACAUUCCUCGAGAGCCUGAAACAAGCCGAUGUUGAUAUCAACACAAUGGUUAGACUUACAAAGUUUCACGAGCUCAACUGUAUCCGGGUCUUUUUUCGCUUUCUCUUCACGGUUCCGUUGUUGAUAUUGGGUAUCGAUGGUGUCAGACCGCAUCAGCACAUCAACGAUAACAUGUUUGCCACUGACCUAUUGGGGAUGAUUGCGAGCAUAGGUUGUACCGUGUCCUCUGGGAUUACUCUUAUCAUAUUCUUCCCGCGCUCAAUCAAGGGGGAAAUGGCAAAUAUGGAGGCGGUUCGCGAGCUCCGCCGAUUCCCCCAAUCAAAUACAUCCGGAAAAGAUUCUAUGAAUGUGCAGCGUGGAGAUCAACAUGUGUCCACAUAUAAAUUGCCCCCCUAUGAGGCAGUAGCUCUCGGCCACUCGAUACAGAAAUUCUCAAUCGAAGACAUAUCGGACGAGGAAAAUACAAAAUAUGGGCCGUACGAGAUGUCACCGUCACUAUCCCUGCAACCAAAUCGCAGAACAAAGGAUGGGAAUGUGCAAAUGGGGACUGCCCUCACUCUCACUGACACUGCUCUGUCCAAACAUAAUACAGUUAUGCGGAAGUCGAAUAUAAAUCAUCUUGUGUAUAACUGGCGAUCACCACUUGGUAAGGACUCUCAAUAUUUCUGUUGUUGUGGAUGGGCGCUGAUGGAGGAAGCAGAAGUUGAAGAACCACCGCUUUGGUACCGGUGAUAUCAAAUGAUUUGGCAGAAAAAAUACACCAACGGGAUCGACGUUUUAUUCACCACUGUGGACUACUUUGCUAACUCUGACUCGAAGCACAACAGUCAGCUACUUAUGCAUAUGUGUUGCCUCAUCAUUCAUUUUACUUCACUAAACUUGUCUCAAUCAAACUCAUGCUAGAACUGGACUAACAAUAUUUAAAAACAGUAAGUACAUGCUGAUAAUAUUAAUAAUGGGUUUGCGCAACACCGUAAGUCUUUUCGCAAAUUCGCAUGGCGUCAAAAUCAAGCAUAAGAUGAGAUUAUACAAUGUCCCCAUUGAUGGUGCGUGUUAUUAUAACGUUGAAAAUACAUAGAGAUAAAUGAAGGAACAACUAUUGAUCAAGGUCUGAAAAUCUGACUACGGGUGCACCAUCAUGUUGUCUUGUUCAGAGGUAUGAUACUGAUAGCGUGGGAAAAG